AUGUCAGAGGGCACGGUUGCGGGUAUCAGAGUGUCGGGGGCGGGUGCGGCGGCGGGGGGAGGGGAGAGCUCGACCCAAAGGCCUCGUCAAUGCAAGGCGUGGUACCUUGAUGCCCCCGAAAAUGAGGCCUCUCCGACACUCUUGGCAGAGCUGGGAAUCGUGGAAUACGCAGUGCACCUGGAGAACGGUAGCCCCGAUGUGAACAUCCAGCUGUGGAAGCUGGCCCAGGCCCGGCUGGCCAUGCACUCCAAGUCCGGCGGCGACGCCAUGGGCAAGGGUGCGAUUCAGAUCGGGGAUCUGCCGGCCACUGCCUUUACCCAUGACGACAUGGAGGACCAGGGUGGUGAGGCCCGUUUCGACUGCUUGGAAGGCAUGUACUGCGUGUGGGGCGGGGAGGCCUUCGUGGACGUCCGCGACUGGGCCGACUGCUGGGUGAGGGUGCGCCUCCAGCCGGGGGAAGUGGUUCUUAUCCCCCCGAACCGAUUCCACCGCGCCACCCCCAAGACCCCCGGCGCGCGCCUGAUGCAAGUGCGCGUCAAGACCGGCGACGGAGGCGUGAACGUGGAGAUACGAGACCCCCGCACGACGCCGGCGCCCGGUUCAUCCGGCACGUUGGCUGGAGACCCGCGAGAGCUGGUGGCGAGCCUGUGCCGGCAAUUCUAUGACCUGGGAUGGGUGACAGGAACGGGAGGCUCCAUCAGCAUCAGGCAUGGCAAUCGUGUUUUCAUGACGCCAUCGGGGGUCCAGAAGGAAAGGCUAAAGCCGUCGGACCUAUUCAUCUUGGACCGCCAGGGGCAUGUGCUCGCACGCCCGUGGACUCGCUCUGGUGCAAAAAGAGUGAAGAUAUCCGCGUGCCUGUCUCUCUUCCAGCACGCCUACCGCCUGCGGAACGCCGGGGCCGUGAUCCACAGCCACGGCAUCUUCUGCGUCUUGGGCGCCAUGCUGUGCGAACGCAAGGGCGUCAAGACCUUCCGCAUCACCCACCAAGAGAUGAUCAAGGGCAUGGAAGGUCAUGGGUUCCACGACGAGCUGGAGAUCCCAGUGAUCGACAACACCGCCGACGAGGCGGAUCUCGCGGACUCGCUGGCUGAGGCCAUCACCAACUAUCCCAAGUCGAACGCGGUGCUGGUGCAACGACACGGGUGCUACGUGUGGGGCCCCACCUGGGAGAAGGCGAAGACCCAGAGCGAGUGCCUCCACUACCUCCUGGAGGCGGCUGUCAAGAUGGACGCUGUCGGCUUCGACCCGGCGGAGACCCCUCGUGGCGGUUGUCUGGAGUGCGGCGCGGGGAUGACGUCAUCGAGUGGGCGGCAGGGAGGAUCCGCCAGCAACGGGAUAAACACCAGCGGCGGCAGCGAAUGCUUGCAAAGCCCCGUCAAGGAAGAACCCAGGGUGGGCCAGGGCCAGGGGGAAACCGCCGCUGGUGCCGCCGCUGCCGCCACCAACGCAUCCUCCGGGGGAGGGGUGGGAGGCGAGCCCUGCAUGGCGCCGGCCACCCAGCCACCAGCCGGCUCCGCCAUGAACAACGGCUUCGGCGACGGCGGCAGCCAGGGGGGUUGCACCGGCAUCCAACUCCCUGCCGCCACCUGGGCGACGCCGCCGCUUCCUGCCGUGCCGGGGGCGGUGGGACCGUCGGUGGCGGCGGCGGCGGGGGGAGCGGCACCGAUGGCGUCGUCGUCGUCGUCGUCGUCGUCGUCGUCGUCUUUGGUCGUCGCCCCUCCCUUCGCCGCCGCCGCCGCCGCCGCCGCCGGAGGUGAUGCCGCUACUGGCGGGCCUCGGCAACAAAAGCAGGAGACCCACGGCAUGUCUUCUUCCUCGUUGUCGUCGGCGUUGGCGGGCGAGCCACCUUCGGCAUCCGCCCUAGGCUCGGACAACACCCCGCGCGCCGGCGCCGGCGGUAACGGCGGUGAUGCCGUCGGCGGAGGUUCCGGUGGUGAAGGCGGCAGCGGCGGCGGGUGGGGAGAUUCGAAGAAGCGGAGGUUGGAAGCACCGGUCGACGUCAAGGCCGCCGCACCAUCAACAGCACCUGCAACCGCGGGGCCAUUGUUGCCGGCGCCUAACGGUCCCGCGUCAGGAUCCGUGUCCCUGGCAGGGGUGAAGGUGCUGGUGCUCGACAUCGAGGGGACCACCACCCCCAUCACCUUCGUCAAGCAGACCCUCUUCCCCUACGCCCAGGAGCACCUGGCCCGCCACCUAAAGGACCAGUGGGAAAGCGAGGACUUGCAGCGACUCGUGCGGGAGCUCAAGAUGCAGGCGGAGAAAGACGCGGCAGUCGACGGCGGCACGCCCGGAGUCCCCCAAGUGUUGGAGCCCUCGUCCGCAGGGGUCGAGCAGGCGCAGGCUUCGGUGGCGGAGUACGUGCGAUUCGUCAUGUCUUCCGACAGGAAGCUAGGACCAAUGAAGUCCUUGCAGGGUCAUAUCUGGCGGCAGGGGUACGCCGACGGCGGUAUAGUCGGAGAGGUGUACGCAGACGUAGAGCCGGCGUUCCGGCGAUGGACACAAGCCGGCAAGAGACUCGCCACCUACUCAAGUGGCAGCAGAGAGGCGCAGCGUCUUUUGUUCGGCAAGUCCACGGCGGGAGACCUUCGGCCGUAUUUGUCGGCGUACUUCGACACGUCCAUCGGAGGAAAGAAGGACUCUGCCAGCUACAGAGAGAUCUGCCUGUUCCUGGGAGUGGACAGCCCGUCGGAGGUUCUCUUCUUGACCGACCUUCCUGCCGAAGCGGAGGCGGCCAAGCUCGCGGGAGUCCGCGCCGUGCUUUCCGUCAGGCCCGGUAACGAGCCUCUUCCGGACGUGAGUGUUGGUGCCGGUCGUUGUCUGCCUGUGGCAUGGUGGUAG